CAUACGCCGCACACAAACAGAGUUCAAACAUCGCCCCUGCAACGAGUUCAAACAACGCACACAAACAGAGUUCAAACAUCGCCGCUGCUCCGCUUCCGGCCUCCGGCUGCUCUCCCUCCGGCUGCUCCACCUCCAGCGAUUAAGCAGGCUGCCGCUGCUCCGCCUCCGGCUGCUCCACCUCCAGCGAUUAAGAGUUAGUCAAAUCAAUUUUCGGAGACAAUGGAAAUUAGGAACCUUGACGUUAAUUCAACACAGUUGAGACUCGAUUCCUUUAAUAGGCUUCCAAACCCAUCUAUAUUCAGUUCCACCAGAAAGCAGAAGUUUGUAGCUGCACCUUCACAGGCCUCAAGAUCUCAAUCAUUAUCUAUCAGAUGCGGAGUAAAGUUUCGCCCUUGCAUUGAUAUACACAAGGGGAAAGUAAAGCAGAUUGUUGGGUCUACGCUUUCAGAUACAAAGGGAAAUGAUUCGACCCUUGUUACGAACUUUGAAUCUGAUAAAUCAGCUGCUGAAUACGCAACUCUUUAUAAAGAAGAUGGUCUUAAAGGUGGUCAUGUAAUCAUGUUGGGAGCCGAUCCUUUGAGUAAUGAAGCAGCCAUUGGGGCCCUACAUGCUUAUCCAGGUGGUCUUCAAGUCGGAGGUGGUAUUAAUUCACAAAAUGCUUUGAGUUACAUAGAAGAAGGAGCUAGCCAUGUCAUCGUCACUUCAUAUGUAUUCAACAAUGGACAAAUGGACCACGAGAGGCUCAAAGAACUUGUUCACCUUGUUGGAAAACAAAGGCUUGUCUUGGAUCUUAGUUGCAGGAAGAAGGAUGGUAAGUAUGCCAUUGUUACCAAUAGGUGGCAGACAUUUAGUGAUGUGUAUCUCGAUGAGAAGAUAAUAACUUUUCUUUCAGAGUAUUGUGAUGAGUUUUUGGUUCAUGGUGUAGACGUUGAAGGGAAAAAAUUGGGCAUUGACGAAGAACUUGUAGAACUACUCGGCAAGCUGUCCCCGAUUCCGGUGACAUAUGCUGGUGGUGUCACCGUAAUUGAUGACAUGGAGAGAAUAAAAGUUGCAGGAACGGGGCGUGUGGACGUGACAGUGGGUAGUGCUCUCGACAUUUUUGGAGGGAAAUUGGCUUAUAAAGAUGUUGUGGAUUGGCAUUUUCAGCAACAAGCUCUACCAGUUUAGCCUUGUGUUGUGUUAUUAGUAUUUAUCGGUAUGUCUACAUUCAGUUGAUUAAGAAAUUCUGCACAUUUUCGGGUUAUCGUAACUUGAUUCUUAUGGCUUGUUUUAUUGUAAUUUUUGUUAUGUUAUCAAAUAAAUAUUUUUAAGUUA